CGGGGAGAAGAUGAGUGCUCGCUAAUCAUGCCUUGAGCUCCCGGCCGGCCUGGAUGGGACGGCAGGAAGUGCCUCCCAGCUGUGUUCGGGGAAUUCUCUCGGGGCGGGACAGCCCAGAUCCUCCUUUCGCUUCGCCCCUUCCUGGUGAAGAGGAAGCAACUAGUCUGCGCUCACCGCCUGCUCGGGGGACGUUCAGUUGCCGCAGCGGCGGAAUCGCAAGGAUCUUUGGGCCUUGCCUGUCUCUCUGCCCAAGGGCAGCACAGGUCUGCCGCCUCUUCCCUUGCCCAGCUGACCACUGCUACGAGGGUCUCUUUGUUGUUUUGUCCACCCUGAAUCCCAGAUCUGCCACCUCGGGACCUUUUAAUCCUCCGCACCAUGGGGACCAUGUUCCGCAGUGAAGAGAUGUGCCUGGCCCAACUCUUCUUACAGUCUGCUUCAGCCUAUGCAUGUGUCAGCGAGUUAGGCGAGCGGGGACUUGUGGAGUUCCGUGAUCUAAACCCCCAUGUCAGUGCCUUUCAGCGACGUUUUGUGGGGGAGGUACGACGGUGCGAAGAUAUGGAGAAAACCUUCACUUUCUUGGCACAGGAAGUAAGGAAAGCCGGGCUGGUACUGAUGCCUCCUGAGGAGAAUCUGCAAGCCCCACUACCCCGCGAUGCCUUGCAAAUCCAAGAGCAGUCAGAGACACUGGCACUGGAGUUGCGGGAGGUGAGCCACAAUCGUGAGACGCUGGCUGGGCAGCUGCAGGAGCUGCGGGAGCACAUUCAAGUGCUGCAAGAGGGACAGCGUUUCACUGGCCAACUGGUGCCUUUAGGUUCACCAGUUCGCCCCCGUGCCUUCUCUGACAGGGAGCCUCUUCUGGACCCAUCCAUGGCACAGCGACUUGACCUCAAAAUAAACUUUGUGGCAGGUGUGAUCCACCCAUGGCGAGUGAGUUCCUUUGAACGGCUGCUGUGGCGUGCAUGCCGUGGCUACCUUGUUGCCAACUUCACGGAGAUGCCUGAGCCCACAGGAGACCCAGCCAAGGGUGAGAAUGUCACCUGGGUCAUCUUCCUCAUCUCCUACUGGGGUGAACAGAUUGGGCAGAAAAUUCGCAAGAUCGCUAACUGCUUUCAUUGCCACCUGUAUCCAUAUGCUGAUAAGGAUUCCGAGCGCACUGAGGCAUUGUAUGGACUGCGCACACAAAUUGAAGAUCUAACCACGGUAUUAGGCCAGACGGAGCAGUAUCUGGCUCAGGUGCUGGCAAAGGUGCUGUUGGUGCUGCCUGCUUGGCAAAUGCGGAUACAGAAGAUGAAGGCCAUCUACUUCAUCCUCAACCAGUGCAGCUUCAGCAUCACUGACAAGUGCCUCAUUGGUGAAGUGUGGUGCCCUGUUCGUGACCUUCCUGCUGUGCAGCUGGCCCUGCGCCAGGGAUCGCACCAGAGUGGUUCUGGAGUGGAGUCUUUUGUACAUCGGAUCUCUUGCACUGAGCCCCCGCCAACCCUUAUUCGCACCAACAAAUUCACCGUUGGCUUCCAGAACAUAGUCGAUGCUUAUGGGGUGGCCAGCUAUCAAGAGGUGAACCCAGCUCCCUACACCAUCAUCACCUUCCCUUUUCUGUUUGCUGUCAUGUUUGGGGAUAUUGGCCAUGGGCUACUGAUGUUUCUCUUCGCCCUGUGGAUGGUGCUGACUGAGAACCGCCCCAGCAUGAAGAAAACGCAAAAUGAGAUCUGGCAGACAUUCUUUGAAGGUCGCUACCUCAUCCUGUUGAUGGGUGCCUUCUCUGUCUACACUGGCUUCAUCUACAAUGAAUGCUUCAGCAAAGCUACCAACAUCUUCCCAUCUGCCUGGAGCGUCGCUGCCAUGGUCAACCACUCAGACUGGAGUGGGGAAUAUUUAGCUGAACACCCUGUCCUUGCUCUGGACCCUAAUGUCACAGAUGUCUUCAAAGGUCCCUAUCCCUUUGGGAUAGACCCGAUCUGGAGCCUGGCCAUCAACCAUCUCAGCUUCUUGAACUCCUUCAAGAUGAAGAUGUCUGUGAUCUUGGGGAUUGUGCACAUGAGCUUUGGUGUGUUCCUGGGCAUCUUCAAUCACAUCCACUUCAAGCACCCAAUCAAGAUACUCCUGGUCUUCCUUCCAGAAAUCACCUUCAUGUUGGCACUCUUUGGCUACCUUGUGAUCCUGAUCUUUUACAAAUGGGUGGUGUAUAAUGCUGCUAAUUCCCGGUGGGCACCCAGCAUCCUCAUCCACUUCAUUGACAUGUUCUUGUUUGCAGAGACUGAUGGAAAUAAGCCACUUUAUGAACACCAGCGGACGGUGCAGUUCGUGCUGGUGAUCGUGGCUGUAGCCUCUGUGCCUGUUAUGCUGCUGGGCAUGCCCUUGUACCUCCUGAGCCAGCAUCGGCGUAGGGCCCCCCGGCACAGGCAGAAUCCCUCCAGCACAGAUGAGCGGCAGCCUUUGCUAAACGCAGAGGAUCCCAAGCCCAGCAGCUCUGUGAAUAUUGCUGAAGAUGACCUGGGUCGUGCAAAACCCAAGCAGGAGCCGGAGUUUGACUUCUCUGAUGUGUUUAUGCAUCAAGCAAUCCACACCAUUGAGUACUGUUUGGGUUGUAUCUCAAACACUGCGUCCUACCUGCGACUCUGGGCUCUCAGCUUGGCCCAUGCACAGCUUUCGGAAGUCCUGUGGACCAUGGUUAUGAGGAAUGGCUUCCAUAUGAAGCCCUACGUGGGUGGGGUCGUCCUUGUGCCUGUCUUCGCAUUCUUUGCUGUUCUGACUGUAGCCAUCCUGCUGGUGAUGGAGGGGCUGUCUGCUUUCCUACACGCCCUACGUCUGCACUGGGUGGAGUUCCAGAACAAGUUCUAUGCAGGUGCAGGCUACCGGUUCAGUCCUUUCACCUUCACUGCUGACACCUGGGACUAGGAGAAAUAUGACUGCUUCUCCCCUAAUGUCCGAUGUACUGUGCCCUCAUGAGCCAGUGUGGAAAACAGAUUGGCUUGUGCUGGUUUUCUUAUUGGGGAAACUAUCUUCUGCUUUCCUUUCUCCACCAGUUGUGCCUCCUCUCUCCAGCCAGCAGGUGUGGCUGUGCUUCUAUACCCCUCCCUGUCUUCUUUUUUUUCUUUUUGAGGGAGAGACUGCCUGCCUAGUCCCCAUCUCUCUGUUCAGUAGUAAAGCAUCAUUGGGAUACUGGUUUUCAGAUGAACUCCUCCUGGAGUUAAGGGAAGGAUUUGCAGGACUAAUUCCUGCGUCAAACCACAUUCCUUCCAGUACUUGGUCCAUAUGACUUGCUGCCUGCCUUAUGUGUAUCUCUGCAGCCUAACAGAUGCUUCUGGGUAGGAAUGGUAGGUGACCUUCAGGAACAGCAGGAUAUGAGCAGCAGCAUCUUUAUGGUUUUAGAAAGUCUGUCCUUAUGGGUCACCCCUCUUCAUCCAGGAGCAGCUUUGCUUAUUCACAUCGCAGACAAGAGGCCCAGCCAGGACACUUACCCUAUCCAUGUUUGAAGCCCCCCCAUCAGUCUGGAGCAGGGCUGCACAACUUUGGCCCGCUAGCUAUCAUUGGACUACUGACUCCCAUCAUCCCCAGCCACAGUAGCCAAUAGUGAAGGAUGACUGGAGUUGUAGUCCAACAUCUGCAGGAGGGCCAAAGUUGUGCAGCCUUGGUCUGGGGGCUACACUUGAUUUCCGAGUGUGUUAAUUUCCAGACUGGGGUCUCUCUCAAAGGGUUUGCUUCUCUGCUAAGAUACCUGGCUUGGCCUUGCAACCACCAUAAACUCGAUUUAGAGGAUCUCUCUGCCUGUGCUCACAAAGUGGCUGGCUUGCUUGUUACUAACCGAGGGAAAGGAACUAAUGUGGCAAGGAGUGCCCUUUCUUUCCUCUUCUGUGCCUUUGUUUGCCAGCUCUUGGCAGAGAUUCCAGGAGUGGGGAGAGGCCAAGUGAUAGCAAAAGCAAUCCCAUGUGAGCCAAACGUACAGAUCUCUGGGUUAACAGAGGAGCUCCUGCCCUGCAGAGCAAACAUCUCCCAUACAAGGGCAAGGAGAUCCGAGCAGCACCCUUGUCUCAUCCUGCUGUGCUCUGCAUUGAGGAGAGGGGCCCUGUUAUUCAAGCCGGCUCCCUAGAAUCCCGGGCUAGAAACCUCUUAAAGUUUAUUACCCUCGCAACUAAAUUGCACAAUUAAAAACAAAAUGAUCUAA